UGGCUCCUGGGCGUUGUAGUCCAAAACACUGCCCCAGCUUGUUUGGUUUGUUAAGACCUUUUUGAAAACCCGUCAAUAAUCCCGUGCGCGGAACCGGGCUGGCGGCGGGAUAUUCCUCGUCUGCAAACAGACAACACGCUCCGCCGCCGCAGCGCGUCACGCGGCUCCAACCACCUCCUCCAGAUAAAGGACGACGACAACAACAACAACAACAACAACAACAACAACCAGGCGGGGGCUGCGGGGGCUACGUGCAAGUUGUUGUAAACGCGACAGAGUCUGGGGCAAAAGCCUCGGAGCGAGCGGGCAGGACACGCGUGCAAGAAUCCGCGUCGGACCCGUAAACACGGGGGUCUUUUUUUUUAACGCAAAGCGGAGGUGACCGAACGCAGCGCGCUCGACGCCCCGCUGCAUCCAGGUGCGUUUGCUGACCUGUUUUUUUAUUGGCACGCUCUCUGCUCGGGACGAUUCCAGCGGGUUGUUUGAUCGCGGUGUCCCCCCUCUCCCCCCCCUCUCCCCUCCCUGAAUGAGUUACUGAGUGUUCCCGACGGCCUUGGUGAUCCGUGAAGGGCACACAUGGCCCCCCGCGUCAGCGACCACCAGAGCCCCCUGCCAGUGUCCGAGGCCGCCGUGCUGGAUCUGCCCCCCUCCAGCCAAGCAAAAGACCUGAGGCCCAGAUGGACGGUGCUGGACUCCCUGCUGUGCGGCGCGUUCGCCGGCGCCGUAGCCAAAACCGUCAUAGCGCCUCUGGAUCGGACCAAGAUCAUCUUCCAAGUGUCCUCCAACAGAUUCUCCGCCAAGGAGGCCUUCCGGCUCAUCUACUGCUCCUACGUGAAGGACGGGCUGCUCAGCCUGUGGAGGGGGAACUCUGCCACCAUGGCGCGGGUCAUGCCCUACGCCGCCAUCCAGUUCUGCUCGCAUGACCAGUACAAAAGACUGCUGGGGGGUUACUACGGCUACCAGGGCAAAGCUCUGCCUCCUUUCCAACGCUUCCUGGCGGGCUCGCUGGCCGGCACCACCGCCGCGAUGCUCACCUAUCCUCUGGACAUGGUGCGAGCCAGGAUGGCCGUCACGGCCAGAGAAAUGUACAGCAACAUCAUGCACGUCUUUGUGCGGAUCUCCCAGGAGGAGGGAGUCAGGACGCUCUACCGCGGCUUCACCCCCACCAUCAUGGGCGUCAUCCCGUACGCGGGGAUCACGUUCUUCACCUACGAGACCCUCAAGAAGCUGCACGCAGAAAGAACGUCGCGGGCCCAGCCGUACCCUCUGGAGCGCCUGGCCUUCGGCGCCUGCGCGGGCCUCAUCGGGCAGUCCGCCUCGUACCCUCUGGACGUGGUGCGUCGGCGCAUGCAGACGGCCGGCGUCACGGGCUGGUCGCACGCCACCGUCCUGGGGACGGCGCGCGCCAUCGCGGCGCAGGAGGGGGUCGUGCGCGGACUGUACAAGGGGCUAGAGAAUGACCUGGUUCAAAGGCACAGUGCCAUGGGGUUCAGCCUUUUAAGACACUAA